AUCAGCUGUUUCUAUGGUGCCUUAUAAACAAAAUAUGACUCGUUCCGAGCACAGUAGGGAAUUGUUUCUUCACUCCAUGUUUAAUUCAUUUUGGUUUUGAAGCGACCGAAGGACGAUGCCCAGAAACGUCAAGGAAGUUCUUAAGGAGCUGGGAUGGGCAGACGGCUUCCACAUACCAGUCGCCAACGAUGAAAACAAGAAAUUGGAACAAAAGGUGGAAGAACUUAUCAAGCAGAAAGCAGAGACCAUAGUGAAAUAUGAAUUAGCUAAUGAUAGGCUAAAUGCAUUGCGGAAACAUGAAAAGAAAUUACUACAAGAGAAAAAUAACAACCAGGAACUUCUGUGUGCAUUGAGGAAAAAUUUUGAUUCAGAAAUCACCAUAAUGAGGGAUAUAGAAAGCAAGGCGAAUACGGUUCAGAUAGAGAAAAAAGAAAGACAAAAAGACUUCGAGCUUUACAAAGCUAAUUCUCUGAAACUGAAGGAGGAAAUUGCAAAUUACAGUGUCAAGGUAAAAGAGCUGAAAGAUAUCCUAGCAUGGGAAGAAGAGGCUCUGUUUUCGUGGGAGGAAGAACUUGCAAAAGAGGACAGAACGCGGUCGAUGCUUACUGAGCUGACUCUCCAAGACGAGGAAAAAUUCAACGAUUUAGACAUGAGAAGGCAGAUGCUUGAAUUUGAUUAUGGUCAACAAAAAAUGACAGAGGAAAGAGACAUAAACAUCCUUCAGAAUAUGGAAACACAACUUGGCCAAUUCGGUAAACUCUUCAGAGAAGUGACACAUGAACAAAAUAAAUUACUUCACCAAUGGCAUGAUAUGAAUAACACACUUAAAGGGAGGUCUCAUUUAGUUAAAAAUUGUUAUGCGGUGGUUGACAAAAUAAGGACAAUGGCUAGGGAAAAAUACUUUGAACUUCAUGAAAAACGUAAACUGCUUCUAACUCUCCAAAAGGAUAAUGCAAAACAUGAAGUCGACAUUGAAAAAUUCAAAGCUUCACUUUUGAAGGGGAAAAACGUCACCGAACUCCUCGAUAAAACUAUAGCCGAAUUAACUGGAAAAACGAAUACUCUUCAAAGGUACAUUUUGGAUUCUUCGUCGAAAGUCAAUCUUCAAAAAGCACAAAACACUGAAUUACAGAAUUCAGUGAAAGCCCUCGAACAAAAAAUAAACAACUUGGUUCAUUCCAAUCUGGAGCUUCAAAUAAAACUAGACACCCUGAAUGUCGACAGUUUAACGAUUGAACAGCAGACGAAAAAUACUGAAGAUAUUUAUGAGAUGGGAGAAAAAGUGCUAAUAGAAGAAUCAAAGGAAUUCGAUAGGUUGCAAAUAUUGAUUUACAAAUUGAGGCAAGAUCUCAGUGGUCUAAAAAAUAAGCUGCUCGUUCAGAAUCAACAACUUAAUUGCAUUCGACAGGAGAAACGAGAAGUCGAAAAACAAAUAAAAACUCUUCAAAAUGAAUACAAUGAAUAUGAAGACAAUUUGUUCAGCAAGGAACUUGCACUAGAAGUGCUCAGUGAAAAGUAUACCCAAUUGGUAGGUGAAGCUUUAUGUGACGAGCUGGACGACAAAUUGAGAGAUGAAGGGAUCAAAAUUGAAAAAGACAUAUCGGAUUUCAAAAAUGAAAUCGGCAACUAUAAAUUCCAAAUAAGAAUAUUGAAGAAAGAUUUGGUCGAACUAACUGCAAUAAUAAAUGAAGGGAAAAAGGAACUGGACACUCUCGUUGAACAAGGGACUAAUUUGAAACUCGUCCUGACCUGUGGUAAAAAAGUGGUUAACGACGUAACGGAGGAAUACAACGGUAAAUUAAUCGACCUUAAUGUGGUCAAGAUGCAGGCAAGUUUGGCAAAGGAAAACAACCAAAAACUCCAAAAUGAACUUUGUAUGUUGGAAAAACAAAGGAUCAUUUUAGACACGGGUAUGCAAGAGAGAAAUUGUGAAAUCAAAAGUCAAAAAGAUGAAAUGCUUAUGAAAAAGAAGGGGUUGCUGGAUGAGCGAUCAGUCCUUAAAAAGAACAUAGAACAGGUCAAUCUCAGAAUAAAACAAAUUCAAAAGAGGUUUGAGAUAACGAUGGAUCUGCUUGGAAAGGAUGAUUGUGGAGAAAGACAAUCAGUAUCUUAUUUUAAGAUCAAGUUAGCUCAAGAAAAACAUCAGUUGCAAGAAAUGGGUGAUGACCUAGAAGCGAAGAUAAAUAAAACAGAAAAGGAAAUUCAAGCGAUGGAAAACACGCUCAGAGUUGUCAGUCUCACAAAUGAAAACUACAAGACAAACCUUGAAACUGUAGAUCUUGAUGGUCCAGAAAUGCAAGAAUAUUACAAUCUAGAAGCAAAAUGCCACGAGGUGAAUCAACAGUGCAAAGCCAAUACAUCUGAUAUGAACAACAUCAAAGUUGAAAUCAAGAAAUUGCAAAGUGGUAUACAAAUGUACCAGAAUUGCAUAAUGGAAAUGCAAGAAGAGUGGAAAACAAGAGAGGGACAAGUUGAGGUGCUGACAAAAGAUUUGGCAAAGAAACAACUUAAAUUAGCGAGAGCGAGUAAAAUCAUGAAAAGACUAAUGACAGAAGUGAAAGCGACAAAAGAACCAAUUAGUUUAAAGAAAAUGGCUCUUAGAGAUAUCGAAUUACGUCUUGAGCAAGAACGAAACAAGAGCGUACUCCAGCAAUUGGCAGAAUUCGUUAAAAAUUACUACGAUGCCGCACCUAUAGCCGAGAGAUUAUUGUCUGAUAGGAGCAUCAUUCUGCCAGAGAUAACGGUUGAUAAAAUCAGCGAUAGGGCUGAAACGAGGUCAAAGGCGAGCGAUGUAAGCGAAAUCAGCAUAUGCAGCAUAUCUCCUUCGAUCAUGGUGCUAGACCCGACGAUCCUAUUGCCUGAAGAAUUCCGCCCGGAAUACAAAGAGAGAAAAGUGCCAAAGAUUAACUUUGAUUGUAAGUAAUCAACAGCCUGGAAUCAACACUUAAAAACAGAAUGAAAUUGGAAAGACUUCUGCUCGACGUAGUGGGACCAGAAACACACAAAUAAACUUGUUAUUAGCAGUCUUUAUUUUAUAUUUUGAAUUGUUCUAUUAUAAUUUUUAAUCUGUA